UCGCGAAUCUCUCUCUUCAUCUCUUUGUUCUCUCCUGAUCAGAAUGAUUUCGCCACCAUUUCUCUGUUAAUUAAAGAAAGAAAGAAUACAAAACCCUAAAAAAGUUGCAGAAUUUCUACUUCAUUAAAGUUUCAUCAUCAAUUACACUUCAACUACAUAAUCUGUUAAGAUCCCAUUUCCUCUCAACAUCCUAUGAUCUUGGUUUGAGAUAGGUCAAACCCCAUGUCUGUUAUAAGGAGAUGUUGAAGUUGUGAUUGUAGAACUACUGUUGUGGGUUGAGUGAGGGAAGGAGGGGGUAAAGUUCAUUACCAUGCGCUCGUUGCUUCCGGGUUCGAAGUCUCAGAAUAAUGAUAGAAGUAAUCGGACUCAGUUGUAUCUCAAUGUUUAUGAUCUUACUCCUAUGAACAAUUACCUCUAUUGGUUUGGACUUGGAAUUUUUCACUCUGGUAUUGAAGUUCAUGGCAUGGAGUAUGGAUUUGGAGCCCACGAGUACCCCAGCAGCGGAGUGUUUGAGGUAGAACCAAAGAGCUGCCCUGGUUUUGUCUUUAGACGGUCAGUGCUACUUGGCAGCACUGACAUGUCACGAUCUGAUUUCCAGUCAUUCAUCGAGCACCUCUCUAGCAAAUAUCAUGGGGACACAUAUCAUCUGAUUGCCAAAAAUUGCAACCACUUUACUGAUGAUCUCUGCCAGCGGCUCACUGGAAAGCCUAUUCCUGGAUGGGUCAAUCGCCUUGCAAGAUUAGGUUCAUUCUGCAACUGCCUUCUGCCAGAAAAUAUUCAGGUCACAACUGUUAGGAUUCCUGAUCAUCCAAUAUAUUCUGAUGAUGAUGGCUCAGAAUCCCUUGCAUCAUCGGUAUCGGCCGAGAGUGAAGGUGAAGAUUCAGAUCAUCAUUUAAUAACAUCGCCAAAUGGCGGUAUGGCAUAUCUGAAGGACAAACCAGUAAAGCUUGCAAGGGAGCUUCUGUGAGCAGGGACAGACCUAUGUGAGGGCAAUCACAGGGGUAGUCUGGAUUGUUAAAGUGUCUAAAUGUAUGAUGUUGUAUCUUGUUUUUAGCAAGGCCUUUUUUGUUUUUUUGACGAAAAAGGUUUAUGGUGUAUUGAAAAGAAAAUAGCAAAAAGCUAGUACAAGUGGAUCACUGUUGCAGAACUUGGCCAACAUGUGUCUAAAUUUGUCUUUAUUCGAACACCACAAAAUUAACAAGGCUUUUUACAGAUAUGAUAAGUUCGUUUAACA